AUGACAACUGGUGGAUUAUCAAAAUCUAGUGGAUUAGAUGAAGCUAGUGGUAGUGGUACUGGUAAUAAAAAGAAUAAAAAUGAAAAUGGAACUUUAAAAAGAAGUCAAAGUGUUUUUGAAACAAAUAAAAAAGUUUCAAAAUUUCCAUUUUUAAUUAUUUGGAGUUUGGUUAUGAAUUGUUGUACAUUAGGAAUUUCAAUUUUAUUUAUAGCACUUUAUUGGAAUUCAAAUUGUUCCACAUCAAUUGCAUUCUUAUUCAUUUAUUCAAUUAUUUUUAUUGGUAAUAUAGGUUUUGGAACAUUCUUUCAUCUUCGUUUUUCAAAAAAUUGGGAAUUUACAAAUAAAAAGAGAAAUAUAAUAUGGGUAUCAUUUAUAAUGUUUUUUGCAAUUUCUGUUACAAUAUUUAUAAUUGCGAUUUUUAUAAAAGAAAGUUCAUCAUGUUCUAAAAAAGGUCAAUUAAGUAAUAUGGUUAGAGCAAAUGGUGUUAUUGAUUUAGUAUUUUUGGCUGGUUUAUUAUUUUUCAAUAUUGUAACUUUAUGUUCAUUCAGUACUGAAAGAAGAAGAAAAAAAAAUAAUAAAAAUAAUGUAGAGUUGGAAGAAGCAAAUGUUAGUAAUUAUAAAUCAAAUAAUUCAAUUAAAAAUUAUCCAACACCACCACCACCACAACAACAACAACAACAACAAAUACCACCAAGUGCACCUUAUCCUCAUCAAUCACAAAAUCAAUAUUAUGAUAACAUCAACAAUAACAUCAACAAUAACAAUUUACCAUAUCAACCUCAAGUAAUACAUUAUAAUCCUCAUGAUCAUUUACCACCCUAUCCAUCUUCUGCAAGAGAUAAUAUUUAA